AUGGCACCUAAGAAGAAAUGGUCUAAAGGAAAAGUGAAAGACAAGGCUCAACACGCCACUGUCUUCGACAAGACUCUUAUUGACCGUAUCAACAAGGAGGUUCCCGCUUUCAAGUUUGUCUCUGUUUCUGUCCUUGUGGACCGUAUGAAGAUGAACGGUGCUCUUGCCCGAAUCGCCAUCAAAGAUUUGGCUGACCGUGGUGUUAUCCAAAAAGUGGACCACUCUUCUAAGCAGCUCAUUUACACUCGUAUCCCUGCUGCUACUGCCUAA